AAAUCUGCGCACGACCUUCCCCGUCCAAUUGCCGCCUCGCCAACGCUAUCGGCUAUCCCCCUAAUACGUACGCUGUCGUGCCUUCCCACCAUCGUCACGUUCUUUCCCUUUCCCUCUACCAUAUCGACACCAGCUCCAGCACCAUCAUCCGCCUUCAUCCCCAAAAUGCCAAUCGAUCCAAUUCCCUCUCGUCGCGUUUCCAUCCCCACUUUCCCCUCUUCCUCGACUUCGAUUUGAGGGAGGAGUAGGGGUUCCUUCUUCAGUUCUUGAGCUAUUUCUGUAUUUUAGAGGAGGAAAAUGGCUUCUUUGAUGAACCUUCAUAUCUGCUGUAACGCUGCGGUCUCCAGGGCCCAACACUCCUCCGCCUCCUCCGCCGCCGGCCGUCCUGUGCUACUGGCAGUGCCCUUCGGGAGGCCGACUGCUACCUCGGCCGCGCCCCACCGCCGCCGCGUCCCGCCGCUGCCCCAUGUUAUGGAGGUCGAAACCUCCCCCGCCCCUGCCCUUGAGCCGGCCGUGUCGACGGACUUCGAUUUCAGGGGUUACAUGCUGGAGAAAGCCGCGGUCGUCAAUUGCGCUCUCGACGCGGCCGUCCCGCUCGCGCACCCGGAUCGGAUCCACGAGGCGAUGCGCUACUCCCUCCUCGCCGGCGGCAAGCGCGUGCGCCCCGUGCUGUGCCUCGCGGCCUGCGAGGUCGCCGGCGGUGCGGACGCCUGGGCGAUGCCGGCGGCUGUGUCCUUGGAGAUGAUCCACACCAUGUCCCUCAUCCACGAUGACCUCCCCUGCAUGGAUGACGAUGACCUCCGCCGCGGCCGCCCUUCUUGCCACCGUGCCUUUGACGAGGCCACGGCCGUCCUCGCUGGCGACGCCCUCCUUGCCCUCGCCUUCGGCCACCUGGCCAAUCCCGCGUCGUAUCCUACCGAUCGAUCUGUGCCUCCGGACCGGAUCGUGCGUGCCGUUGGCGAGCUCUCCCGCUGCGUCGGCUCCGAGGGCCUCGUCGCGGGCCAAGUGGCCGACCUCGAGGCCACGGGCGUCGGAGCCCCCGUCACUCUUGACCAUCUCGAGUUCAUCCACCUCCACAAGACCGCUGCUCUUUUGGAGGCUUCGGUCGUCCUCGGCGCCAUUGUGGGCGGCGCCUCCGACGACCAGAUUGAGAGGCUGAGGAAGUACGCCAGGUCCAUUGGCCUACUGUUCCAGGUAGUCGACGACAUCCUCGACGUGACCAAGUCAUCGGAGGAGCUGGGAAAGACGGCAGGGAAGGAUCUGGCCAGCGAUAAAACUACAUACCCAAAGCUUCUGGGACUGGACGAGUCCAAGGAAUUCGCCGACAAACUGUUGAAAGCCGCCACGGAGCAGCUCGCCGGGUUCGAUCCAAUAAAGGCAGCACCUUUGCUACAUUUAGCAAAUUACAUCGCCUACCGCCAGAAGUAGAUGAUAGAUCGAAUAGCCAGAAGAAACUACGUACGGCCAAUUGAUCUUCUUCCUCCAUUGCUUCGCCGCUGGUUAUCGAUUCAAGUUGGUCAUCCAUAGUGUAUAUUUACUCUAUACACAAUAUUUAUCCUUUCUUUUACUAAGAACAUAUUGCCAAGUAAACUCGAUUUCUUGUUAUUUCCUGUGAA